GAAUAAGCUAUCCAUUUUCCACAUCAUUGUCAAUCAAAUAUAUUCAUGAGUGAAUGACACUAUAGCCCCUAGAUUUUAUCUCAAAAGGACUAUGUAGCUAAAUGGUAAAAAAGAUUGGAUUUACCAAUUAGUGAAAGCUGUGGUAAGUUAAAAAAAAUAAAAAUAUUACAAAAUUGUGUGUCUUUAUGGAAGCUGAGCUGUAUUCGUAUUGAUCGACUCUGCACGGAGAGAUCUGAUUCUUUCCUCACAUCACCAAAAUGGAAGAGAUCUCCGAUCAAAACUUCUUCCGCUACUGCCUCCUAACCCUAAUUUACUCCGGCCCACCCACCGCCAUCGCUCUCAAAUUCCUCCAAGCUCCUUACGGCAAACACAACCGUUCCGGAUGGGGUCCCACUUUAUCCCCUCCCCUCGCUUGGUUCCUCAUGGAAAGCCCCACCUUAUGGCUCACUCUCAUCCUCUUCCCCUUUGGCCGCCACUCUCACAAUCCCAAAUCUCUCCUCCUCAUCUCCCCUUACCUCCUCCAUUACCUCCACCGCACCAUCAUCUACCCUCUCCGCCUCCUCCGCAGCUCCUCGAGUAAAACCGCCUUCCCGAUCAGCAUCGCCGCCAUGGCUUUCACCUUUAAUCUCCUCAACGCCUAUGUCCAGGCGAGGUGGGUUUCUCAUUACAAGAACGAUUACGAAGACGGACAGUGGUUCUGGUUGCAAUUUAUCGUUGGUACGGUGAUUUUUAUAACCGGUAUGUGGAUUAACAUCACAUCGGACCGGACUUUGGUACGAUUGAAGAAAGAGAACCGGGGAGGUUAUGUGAUACCGAGAGGAGGCUGGUUCGAGUUAGUUAGCUGUCCGAAUUACUUUGGAGAGGUGGUUGAGUGGUUGGGCUGGGCUGUAAUGACUUGGUCUUGGGCCGGUAUUGGAUUUUUUCUAUACACGUGUUCCAACUUGAUCCCGCGCGCACGUGCGAGUCAUAGAUGGUAUAGUGACAAGUUUAAGGACGAGUACCCCAAGACUCGCAAAGCUGUUAUUCCUUUUGUGUUUUGA